AUAAAGAAAAAAAAUAUUCAAUCCUUCCUCAGCAAGUUCAAAAUUUUGUACGACCUUUGAUAUUCUCCAGUCCACCUUGUAGCCUUUAUUCGAUAGUAAUUCAGGUGUUCUGUUUUCUUUGUUCUCGGAAAACCACGAGAAAACGAGGAAAACAGAGCAUCUGCCAUUGAUAACUUGAGUUCCUCAUUGCUUUUUACAACACCUUCACAAGUAUAUCAUCAACAUUGCUCCAUUCCUUGUUUAUAUUCUUUGUUCUUUUUGCUUCUUUGCUCCCUUUUCUUGGGUUGUUCUUAGAUUUCUUGAUUUCUUUGUCAGUUUAUUGAUAGUGUUUGAAAGAGAGAGACGUAAGGCAGAAUAGCAAGUGUGUCAAGCUGAUAAAUUGGCCGGUCAUGGAGCCAGUUGAUAUGGAGAUAGACAUUACACAAGAACUAUCUGCUGAUUCUCUCCCGUUUGCCAGAAGUUAUCAGCGUGAAGCUUUGGAAAAAGCUAUCAAGCAAAACACGAUAACAUACUUGGAAACUGGCUCCGGCAAGACACUGAUUGCCAUCAUGCUUCUCCGCAGCUACGGACACCUUCUUCGCAAGCCUUCACCUUUUUGUGCUGUCUUCUUGGUUCCCCAAGUUGUCCUGGUUAAGCAACAAGCUGAUGCUGUGGAAAUGCAUACGGACUUGAAUGUGGGUAAGUAUUGGGGAGAAAUGGACGUUGACUUUUGGGAUGCUGCGAAAUGGAAGCAAGAAAUCGAGAAAUAUGAGGUGCUUGUGAUGACACCUCAAAUUUUACUUAAUGGAUUGAGGCAUAGCUUUUUCAAGAUAAACAUGAUAAAGGUUUUGAUAAUUGAUGAAUGCCAUCAUGCCAGAGGAAAACACCCUUAUGCUUGCAUUAUGACAGAAUUCUAUCAUCACAAAUUAGAAGCUGGUGUAUCUGAUCUUCCUAGGAUUUUUGGGAUGACUGCUUCCCCUAUAAAGUCAAAAGCGGCAAGCCCAGUUGAUAGCUAUUGGCAGAAGAUCCAUGAACUGGAGACAAUUAUGAAUUCAAAGGUGUAUACGUGCAUAAGUGAAUCUGUGCUUGCUCAGUUUGUACCAUUUUCAACUCCAAAGUUCAAGUUUUACGAACAUAUGGAAAUACCAUAUGUUUUAUAUGCACGCUUGGUAGAAGAAUUGAAUGUUUUGAAGGUAAAGCAUGAAUGUACGUUGGACAUUUUGGAUCUUGAAGCUUCUGUGACAGAAUCUACUAGAAAGAAAAUGUCAAAGAUACAUUCAGCUUUAGUGCAUUGUUUAGAUGAGCUUGGUGUCUGGUUGGCUUUGAAGGCUGCAGAGUACUUGUCAUGUUAUGAAAGUGACUUUCUUCUGGGGGGGAAACUGGGUGUGGUUGGCGAGAAAAUUGUCAAGAACUACAGUUUGGUUGCUUGUCAGUUAUUUGAAACUCGCAUACCAUCUGGUCCAGAUUGGACCAUUGCUAAUAAUGUUAAAGCCAGUGUGGAUGCUGGGCUUCUUACCACAAAAGUUUUCUGCCUCAUUGAAUCUCUUUUUGAAUACAGGGAGUUGAAGGACAUAAGGUGUAUAAUUUUUGUGGAAAGGGUUAUGACAGCUAUUGUGCUUCAAUCACUAUUGAGUGAACUGCUUCGAAAGCACAAUAGCUGGAAGACUAAAUACAUUGCGGGAAAUAACUCUGGAUUGCACAGUCAGACAAGGAAGAAACAAAAUGAAAUUGUGGAAGAAUUCCGCAAAGGCAUGGUGAACAUAAUUGUUGCAACUUCAAUUCUUGAGGAAGGAUUAGAUGUUCAAUCAUGUAACUUGGUUAUUAGAUUUGAUCCUUCAGCAACAGUUUGUAGUUUCAUACAGUCUCGUGGACGUGCUAGAAUGCAGAAUUCAGAUUAUUUAUUGUUGGUGAAGAGCGGAGAUUUUUUUACACAUUCUCGACUGAAGAACUAUCUUGCUAGUGGAGAUAUAAUGAGAAAGGAAUCUUUAUGCCAUGCAUCCCAUGCAUGUUCUCCUCUUAGAAAUCACUUAUACGAUGAAGAGGUCUAUCGCGUUGCAAGCACUGGGGCUUGUGUGACUCUGAGUUCUAGUGUUGGUUUGAUACACUUCUAUUGCUGUCGUCUUCCGGCAGAUGGGUACUUUAAACCAACUCCAAGGUGUGUCAUAGACAAGGAAAAGGGGGUUUGCACCCUCUAUCUUCCGAAGAGUUGUCCUAUACAGACUGUUUGUGUCCAGGGAAAUAUUAAAACCCUAAAGCAAAAGGCAUGCUUUGAAGCGUGCAAGCAACUCCAUGAAAUUGGUGCUUUAACAGAUAACCUUGUUCCUGAUAUUGUUGCGGAAGAGGCUGAUGCAGGAGAAAUUGGGAGGGAACCUUACAAUGAUGAUCAACCGAUUUUCUUUCCACCUGAACUGGUGAAUCAGUGUGAACACGAGUACAUGAAAAAGUACUACUGCUACUUAAUUGAGUUGAAGCAGAACUUUGAUUAUGAGUUUCCUGUUCAUAACAUCAUGCUUCUUGUGAGGAGUCAGCUUGAAAUUGACAACAAAAGCAUGGGUUUUGAAUUAGAAGUUGAUAGGGGUUUUUUGACAGUUAACUUGAAAUAUGUUGGACUGAUACGUCUUGAUCCUAGCCAGGUUAUCUUGAGUAAAAGGUUUCAGAUUGCUGUUUUCAGAGUUCUUAUGGAUCAUAAAGUGGAAAAAUUAACAGAAGUGUUAGGCGACCCUAGGUCAGGGAAUAAUUCUGACAUUGAUUAUCUCCUCCUCCCAUCAACUUACUUGGGCCAGAAUCCUGUGAUUGAUUGGCCAUCAGUAUGUUCCGUCUUGUUUUCUUAUGAAAAUGUUUGGAAGGAUCAUGUAUGUAAUGCUGGUAUGAUACAGACCAAAAGUGGUCUUCUAUGUGCUUGCAUGAUUGAAAAUUCGUUGGUCUGUACUCCUCACAAUGAUCAUGCCUAUAUUGUCAAAGGUUUUUUAAAAAAUUUAACUGCAAAUUCACUUUUGAAGCUGAGGAAUGGAAGUGUAAUGACCUACAUGGAGUAUUAUGAACUUCGCCAUGGUAUCCAAUUACGUUUUAGUCAAGUAUCUUUUCUUGAUGCGCGACAUGUUUUCCCUGUGCACAAUUACCUUCACAGGUGCAAAAGACAGAAAGAGAAAGAAUCAAGUAAUGCAUUUGUAGAAUUGCCUCCUGAGCUUUGUGAUGUCAUUAUGUCUCCCAUAUCAAUUAGCACAUUUUAUUCUUUCACAUUUAUUCCAUCAAUCAUGUAUCGACUUGAGUCUUUGCUUCUGGCUACCAACUUGAAAAAGAUGCAACAGGAUCAUUGUGUGCAAAAUGUUACCAUUCCAACUAUGAAGGUUUUGGAGGCAAUUACCACCAAAAAGUGUCAAGAAAAUUUUCAUUUGGAAUCACUAGAGACUCUUGGCGACUCUUUCCUCAAGUAUGCUGUUUGCCAACAGCUAUUUAAAACACAUCAAAAUCAACAUGAAGGCCUUCUUAGUAUUCGGAAGGACAAAAUUAUUUCAAAUACAGCUCUUUGUAUGCUAGGAUGUGACAAGAAACUUCCGGGAUUUAUCCGUAAUGAGCCUUUUGACGUCAAAAGUUGGAUAAUUCCUGGUUAUAAUUCUGGAAGUUAUGCAUUAAAUGAAGAGACAUUGUGUAAUACAAGGAAAAUAUAUGUUAGUGGAAGAAGAAAGUUAAAGAAUAAGAAGGUUGCUGAUGUUGUUGAGGCACUGAUUGGUGCAUACCUUAGCGUGGGAGGUGAAGCAGCUGGAGUAUUAUUUUUGAAUUGGAUUGGUAUAAAUGUUGACUUUACAAAUAUACCAUAUCAAAGGCAAUUCAAAGUGCAUGCGGAGAAGCAUGUUAAUGUCCGGGUUUUAGAGUCCUUACUCAACUACUCAUUCCAAGAUCCUUCUCUGUUGGUGGAAGCACUAACACAUGGUUCUUACAUGCUUGCUGAAAUUCCAGAAUGUUAUCAGCGGAUGGAAUUUCUAGGGGACUCUGUUUUGGAUUAUCUUAUUACUCUGCAUCUUUACAGCAAAUAUCCCAGGAUGUCGCCAGGAUUGUUAACUGAUCUGCGUUCAGCAUCUGUGAACAAUGAUUGUUAUGCACUCUCAGCUGUGAAGGCUGGAUUGCAUAAGUACAUUCUCCAUGCUUCACAGAAGCUUCACAAGGAAAUAGCAGAAACUGUUGAAAGUUUUAAGGAAUUAUCAAUGAAAUAUACUUUCGGGUGGGAAUGUGAUAAGUCUUUCCCCAAGGUACUUGCUGAUAUAAUAGAGUCACUUGCUGGGGCUAUAUUUGUUGAUUCUGGGUAUGACAAGGAUGCAGUAUUCCGGAGUAUAAGGCCACUAUUGGAGCCCCUGAUUACUCCCGAAACUAUAAAGUUUCAUCCUGUGAAAGAGUUAAAUGAAUUGUGUCAGAAGGAGCAUUUUGAACAAAGACCAGCCACUGUAUCACACGACAAUGGUGUGACUUCCAUUACAACAGAGGUUGAAGCAAACGGCAUGGUAUUCAAGCACACAUCAUCAGCUUCUAAUAAGAAGAUGGCCAGAAAACUGGCUUGCAAAGAAGUUUUGAAGUCCCUAAAGGCAAGCCUUGGUGGACCCAAAUUUGUGUAGAUUUCGUCUGUCAAAGAAGACUUGAUGGAGUUUAUGUUCAUUGAUAUAUGCAUCUAUAUGACUAUUGCUUAAAUGAAAUUCGAACUUAAUUCUUUGACUAAUUGGUAAGUACACUAAGAAUUAGGUUCGAAUUUCUCUUUUCCGAAAACCGUAUUCAAUGAAAAGAACCUUUAAUUGGUCUUUUUAUUUGGAUUAA